CGGCACGUGCUGAUCGCACAGCGCAGCCAUGCAUCGCCCGAUGCGCUCCGCCCUCGCGCGGCGCCACGAUGCUCGUCUGCUCCCCGCGGAAAUGGCCGCCAGACCCCUCGCUCUCGCCUCUCCUCCCCUCGCUCUCGCCUCUCCUCCCCUCGCUCUCGCCUCUCCUCCCCUCGCUCUCGCCUCUCCUCGCUCCCCUCGCCCUCGCCGCCCUCUCAAGUACCCACCGUCGUUGCCAUUCCUUGCUGCGCGCUGUGCUCCCUUGGCUCGACUCCGUGCUUCUUUUGAAUUCGCCCCUCCCUCGCCGCUUUUCUCUCUCGGUCCGCUGCGAAACGCUCUUCAGCGCGGAUCAUGGCGCUCCUAUCAGCCCCUCUCGCCGCUGCCCGCGCCUCCUUGCCGUGUGUUGCGCACCCACUCCCCGCCCCCCGUGCGCGCGCCCCCACCGUAUGCGCGCUUCCCGUUUCCGCGCCUUCCCUGACCGCGAGCCGUGCGGUAUGGCGCUCGUACGCAGCGCGCGUGCAUGGGCGCGGGGAUUUGCUAAGGAGGAUAGGCGGACAGGUGGGGCGGCUGGGGGGAUGGCGGCGGGCGUCUGCUAGUGAGGAUAACGAUGCGAAAGAUGCGGCUGAUGUGGCACGCAGUGAGGAUUACACUCCAGAAGGUGACGUGGAGGAUGUGUCAGACGACGUGGCGGAGGCGUCAGCAGCAGCGGCCGAGCUGGCAGCUGAGAUGGCAGCCGAGGCCGCCGCUCAAGCUGCCAGCGUGUAUGCCGCCACUGCUGCUGCGGAGGGGAUGGGGGAGGAAAGUACAACAAGUGGGGGAGAGCAGAGGGAGGGCUGGGAGGAGGUGAGAGUGCGUAGGAACGAGGAGAGAGCGGACGGUGAUGAGAGUGGUGAGGCCGCUGAGUCGGCCUUUCUGGGCGCAGGGGGGGUUGUAGCUCCUGGCGCUGCCCUGUCUGCGGCUGCUGGUGCUCAGGCCGGUGCGGCGGACAAGGCACUGGGUCACGAGCAGCAGCGCAAGGAGGAGCGGCAAGACAGUCAGCAGCAGCAGGAGCAGCGGCCCGAGCACUCCCCGCCACGUCAGCCCCAACCCUCCAGCGCGCCGGCAGUAACGGGGCUGAGGCGCACGGUGUGGGGGCAGGAGGGCGUAUCCGCGCCGUGCCCCCCGCUGCACGAACAUCUGACGGUGGACGUGGCGGUGGUGGGCGGCGGCAUCAACGGGCUCAGCGUGGCGUACGCGCUGUUGGAGAAGCACAGGAGGGGGAAGGCCGCAGGUGGAGGAGGGCGCAAGGACCUGUCCGUGGUGGUGCUGGAGGCGCGCGCCAUCGGUUCCGGCCAGACGGGCCGCACGACGGCGCACCUCAUGCCGUGGAACGACGACUAUUACAGCGUGCUCGAGCGCCUCUUCGGGCGGCGCCGGGCGGCGCUGGUGGGCAGAAGCCACGUGGCAGCCAUUGAUUGGGUGGAGCGUGUGGUGCGGGAGCGCGGGAUAGAGUGCGAGUUUGAGCGCGUGGACGGGUACCUCUUCCCACAUGAUAGCUCUGAUGAGGCCAACCGCAAGAUGCUGCAGGAGCUGGCAGCCUGUCAGCGCAUUGGCGUGGACGCCUCUCUGGUGGACGUGCAGGGCGACCCCGCCCUGGGGUCACUGUCCUCCGCGCUGCGCUUCCCCAACGCCGCUGACUUCCACCCGCUCAAGUACCUGCAGGGCCUAGCAGAGGCCGUCACCGCCAUGGGCGGGCGCAUCCACGAGAACACGCGGGUCAUCCGCAACUCGUCGCUCUCCACCGCGCUCGAGCUCAACACGGGCGUGCGCGUGACAGCUGGCAGCGUCGUACUGGCCACCAACUCGCCGAUCAACCACAACCUCGCCGUGCACGCCCGCCAGAGCGCGGACCGCACCUAUGUGGUCGGACUGGCGGUUCCCAAGGGCAGUGUGCACCGUGCACAGUGGUGGGACACGGCGUCCCCCUACCACUACGUGCGCAUCGCCCCCGGCCGCGGCGGCGAGUCAGAGGCGGACACGCUGAUAGUGGGCGGGGAGGACCACCCCACGGGCGUGCUGGCCCCCAAGGAGUAUCCGCGGGCGUAUGAGCGCCUGGAGCGGUGGGCCAGGGAGCGGUGGACCUCGGCGGGGAAAGUUGUGUUCCGGUGGACUGGCCAGGUGUAUGAGCCAGUGGACUUCCUCGGGCUGUACGGCAAGAACCCUCUCGUGAACCGCCCAUCCAAGGACGUCUACGUUGUCACAGGCAACAGCGGGCAGGGCAUGACGGGCGGCACCAUCUCCGGCCUCGUGGUGUCGGAUCUGAUUCUCUCGGGCCGCAGCGAGUGGCAGGAGCUUUAUGACCCGCGCCGGCUUCCCCCGCUCUCCCAGGAGACAGCUGAGAGCAUCGCCACCAUCACACGCGACACGGCCCAGGGCUACGCCUUUGAUCUGCUGUUUGUGCCAGGGGAUGUGCGAUCCGUCAAUGACGUGAAGCCGGGGGAGGGCGCCCUGGUGGCGGUGGGGCUGCACAAGCAGGCAGUGUACCGCACUGAGGAGGGCAAGCUGAAGCGGUUCUCAGCUGUCUGCCCGCACCUCAAGUGCGCGGUCAGGUGGAACCCAAACGACAAGACUUUCGACUGCCCGUGCCACGGGUCCCAGUUCGACACAUCUGGGCAGGUGAUUCAGGGUCCGGCCAAGGCCAACCUCUCCCCUGUGGCCGGCGAUAGCUGUUGCGGGUGAAGAGGCUGGGGCGAAGGCAUGUAAGGCACGUAUUGAAGGCUGGGGAUGAGGAGGUUGGAGGUCUUCAGACAGAUGCUGGGAUGGGACGGUGAUCUUACCGGUAGAUUGCACAGGGGUGGGUCCUGCUGCUGUACAUUUGUAUGUAGCUUAUGAUGUUGAGUAAAUGUUUGCACUGCACACAUGAAGAAGCUGUUGCCAUUGAUGGACUGAUGAACACAA